CACACACACACACACACACACACACACAGAGUUUUAAUCAAGCUUUUAAUGUUGACUUGAGACAAAUAUCGCUACUUUCAGCUGGAGAAAGAGCGCAAACAGUGUGGAGUGGAGGUCCUGGGGCGCCAUCUGUACACACUGUUAUACCCCAAUAAACUGGGGACGGGAUCAUGGGCCCCGCGGGGUCAGAGCCCCUCUGUGGUUUUAAUGUUAUGGCUGAAAUGAAAAAUACUUUUAUUUCUCUGAAAGUUGUGUGUCACAAUGUUGUGUGCUGCAGCUAAGAAGCUAAGUUGUCAAAAUAAACACACACUUUAGUCGAGACAUAACAUCUUUUGAACAGUUUGUUUGUGUAAAGAAUGAUAUGUGUAUGUUUUUCUCUAUGUGUGUGUGUGUUGGGUGUAGCAUGUCCCACUGCGAGCUGAUUGAACUACAGGACCUCUCCCCCGGGGACAGGAUCGAGUUAGCGCCCCCUGCAGGACCCUCGGGCCCCCGUGAGCCUCCGGAGCAACAGAGCCCACGUCCCACGGUGCGUCUGAUUGGAGAAACGGUGCGUUUGGACGUUUGGUUCGGACGGGGGUUGGGUCACGACUUCCAGCCCUGCGGUCACGCACACCUGGCCUGGUGCGACCUGUGCGGAGAGUUCAUCUGGGGCGUUUAUAAACAGAGCCUGCGGUGCGUCAACUGCAGGUACACGUGUCACUCUCGCUGUCGGCCGCUGAUCCAGCUGUACUGUGAAGCCGUACUCGGAACCUCAGGUUGCACAGAGGAUGUUGAGACGGACUCGGACGUGGACACCGUGGUGGACUGGAGGAGCCAGCCACAGCUUUCCAACACAGAACUCCAACACAAAGUUAAAGAAUACAACGCUCAGAUCAACAGCAACCUCUACAUGAGUCUGAACCGGGACGGCACGUAUACAGGCUUCAUUAAGGUCCAGUUCCAGCUGGCUCGGCCCGUCUCUCUUCCUCUGGCUCAGAGUCUGUACUCUCCCUCCUCAUCUUCCUCUUCCUCUUCAUCUUCCUGCUCCUCCUUUUCUUCCUUGCCCCCGCACGGCCUCUGCACGUCAUUCUACCUGCCCCGAGACACGGCGAAGCAGCUGCACGUGGGUUCACGCACUCGGGCCCGAGAGGUGAUCGAGGCUCUGCUCAACAAAUUCACGGUGGUGGACAAUCCGGCCAAAUUCGCUCUGUUCGAACGCAGCGAGAGGAACGACCAGGUGUACAUGAGGAAGUUACAUGAUGACGAGCAUCCACUCUUCCUGCGUCUGUGUGCGGGCCCCAGCGAGAAGGCGCUCAGCUUCAUACUCAGAGAGAACGAGACAGGAGAGGUGAAUUGGGAUGCGUUCAGUCUGCCUGAGCUCAGUAACUUCCUGCGGAUCCUGCAGAGGGAGGAGGAGGAGCAUGUUCGGCAGAUCGUCCAGCGCUACUCACUAGCACGGGCCAAGCUGAGGGAGGCGCUGGGGAGCUUCAGCACGCCAGGAUGAGAGGAUGGACACUGCUGAGGACUGCUGAGGACUUACAUACACAUACACACACUGCUGAAAACACAUACACACACUGCUGAGAACACACACACACACACACACUGCUGAGAACAGGAGUCUGACCAUCUCUGUGAGACAACUGCGGGAUGCUGCAGGACAAGCUCAGGGUCUCUCUCUCUCUCUCUCUCUCUCUCUCUCUCUCUCUCACACACACACACAGAACUAACAGAUGUAGAAUUAACACAUUUAUUUUUUGCCUGCACACUGUCAGAGCUGACCUCUCAUUACGCUUCCUACUCGAUAUGAAGAUGUACUACAGUGUGACAGUAAAAUUGAUCUUGCCCAUUCUGGUCUGUCUCCACAGAGAGCACCUCUAUAAAACUGGGGACACAUCCAGGUCUUGGGUGAUGUCCAUGAUGACAUGAUGUCAUCGAUAAAUGAGAACGAAACCUCAUGAAAAUUUCGAAACGAAAUUCAUGUCACCGUUUGUGCAAUAUGGAAGCGGCCAUCAUGGUCAAACAGGAUUGCAGUAAUUUUUUCUAGAUCUAGCUAGACAUGACGCUGUCCGCUCAGGCCCCGCCCCUCUCAGGAUCAUAUCAGAAAUCUGGAAAAGACGUAGAUGAGGAGUGAUAUCUUUAAUAUUUAAAACAUUUGGAUCCACUGAUCCAACUGGGUUAAAGUAGAGCAUUGCAGAAAUUAGGAAGAACUUUUUAUUAUUAUUAUUAUUAUUAUUAUUAU